AUGGCAGACGGUUCAUACGAGGGCGACAGUGCGGUUUUCAACCCCAACUUCAGUCCGUAUGCGACCGUCACGUUCGACUUGGAUGACACGCAGCCCGAUGCCGCGCCAUGGCUGCCGGCCUCACAUGAGGAGGCGAGCUAUCUCUGCGACCUUUUUCCUAGUCUUGUUCGCGUCGCGAAUGGCAAAAUGAGCGUUGCCCAGACCUUUCUUGUCGCCUCGGCAGGAGUUCAUCACUGCGGCUCGCAGAGAUCUACCAUUAUGACCUGGGAUUGUGUCGAGGAACAUCUCCGCGCAAAUGAUCUUCACCGACAUCUCAAACUCAGUCAUCGCUGUCGUCUUGUGGUGAUCCUGUUGGACACGGGCUUCCCAUUUCGAGACAUCAUCCUGGGCCGCUACAACGACGUCGAAGGCUACAUCAGCAGGAAUCCAGAUGCCGGGGUUUUGACGGUAUAUCCGACCCGCGAAGAAGCUCAGGCAGACGGGUACAAACUUCCAGACAUUCGGAUUCUCGACGCGGUCGCUGCGAAAAGACGAGACUGGCGCCCUGUGACUUGCUUCGGAAACGGUACAUGUGCCCUAUCAGGGGUUCGAACCUUCAACAAGCGCUCGUGGAGUGGCUGCUCAUUGCAUGCAGGAACGAACGUACGUCCGCGCUUGACUUGCUUCGAUCCUGUGCGUGGUCCUGGGCCUGUCGAUGAAGCGUCCAAGGAGUCAUGGUUCCACCAAGAAUUCGUCGACUUUCUUUCGCUUGAGGAGUUUCGCGUCUUCAUCGUCACGAAACCUGACCCUGAGGGCGUUCGCGGCCUCAAAGGCGAGGUGCACAAAAUCUGCCUCACGAAAACCUUUCCUGACAGCCUGAUCGGUGCCAGCAGGCCGCCAGAGGCAUCUUUCAAGCGGAGAGGAUUCACGGGAAAACAAGUCAUGGAAUAUGCGCUUGGCGUGUUUGAAUCCCUCCGAGAGCUCAACAGUCCCCAGCUUGGCUCGUCGGAUAUCGGAUGCCGUCUCGACGUCGCUGCAAGGCACCACGGAGGACCGCUGUUCAUCAACGAGAUUACUCGGUGGUACGGCGCCCAUGAUUUCACCGAUUACUGCGACGUUCCAGGACGCAUGACGUGCGAGCAGUACGCCAUGGCAUUCUCCGCGGCUGUCAAAAGGGACGAGCGUGGACCGGACGGAGAAGGGAGGUUGCUAGGAGUCCAGCGGUCAUAG